AUGGGUGAGAAUAUACCAUUGACGAGUACGACUUCCGAGACCGAAGGCGCGUACUCCCCCCCCUCUCUCUUCGAACACGCUCCGCCCGCCGAGCACGCGGAAAAACACCAGCACGCGGAGCAAUGGGCGCAAGACGGCGAUAUCAAGAUCACAGUAUCCGAGCACCUCCUGUCGCACGCCGUCGAUUCCCCUCCGCUGAAGUCCAAACCGCAGGAAAAGAAGGCUGAAGCUCGAAAAUCUGCGGCGAAAAUUCCUCAUCAGAGCUUCGACGAUUCGACGGCUGGCGGCUGGAACGAUUUUGACAAAUCUUCCGCCAUUUUCAAUUUCAACGAGCGCCCCGUGCGCGACGCGGAAUGGAUGUUCGUCUUCGCCGUGCCGCUCGUCGUCCUUUUCGUUGCGGCCCUCCACGCUUUCGUCUACUCGCUUUACGAAUCCUCAGGCCCCCUCCUGAUUUCUCCCUCCCUCUACCCGGUUGCCUUGAUUCUCCUCUUCGCGUUCAGCCUUCCCCUCCCCAUGUUGAUCAUCUCUUCUCUCCGCAAAAUCCCCGCUCGCGUCUUGAGCGCGCUCUUAAUUUUCGCCGCCGUGAUCUGUGCCCUGCAAAGCGCCACCUCCGCCGUGCAUUACUACACGACGCCCGCGCUCGUGCCGCCAAAUGCGGCGGACGUAGCCCCGGUGGUAUACGCGCCAGUCCGCGAUGGCUCGUCGAGUGACUUUUCCGUGAACACGGACGUUGCGGAAAGCGCGGAGGGGGAGAGCGAGAAGACUACAGACGAAAUGAUAGAAGCGGCUAUUGAAGCCUCAGAAGGGGGAACGGAAGGGAGAACGGAAGGGGGUACGGAAGGGGGUUCCGUCGUCGCCAUGCUCCUCGUGCUACGCUGCAACCACCACCUCCCUCUCGCUGCCUCUGCCGUUGCGCACGCUGCUCAUACGGCCAUCGUCCAGGCCCAAGUCAUCUUCUUCAUGCCACUCCCCAUCAUGCUUGCAGCUUUGUUCCUGGGCCUCCCUUUGAUGUAUAGCCUUGAGGGUGAUACUAGUGACAUCCUCUUCGUCCUCCUGCUACCCACCUCUCUCUUCGUUGUCCAAGUGCUCUCAGCUCUCCUCACCUACUCCACAGCAGCUGUUUUCGCCCGGCUGUACGUCACGACCAGCGGCGGCAGCAGCAGAAGUAGCAGCGAGGGCAGGAAGGUGGGUGAAGGUGAAGAGGGCGUAACACUGAGAGGCCAGCUAGAGCUCUUCUCCUCAGCCUUCUCCCUGGCUUGCACCUCAUCCCUGGGCACCUGCUGUGCCGUUGCCAUCACCUCCUGUGCCGCCACCGCUGCCAAACUCCUCCUCUCCUCCCUCUUCCUCGCUCUCUUCGACGAGAGCAUCCUGGGCUGCCUGCUGGUGGCUCUGCUUCACUGCACACAGAUUGUCAUCCGGUUCUUCCUCAGCUGCCUCGUCCUCCCCACCGCUGCCAUGAGCGGCCAUGGCUUCACCCGCUCUCUGCGCCUCUCUCUCGACAUCCUGCAGCGCUUCCUCGCGCCCAUUGUCACGGCCAAUGCUGCUGGACUGGCCCUGCUUACCAUGCUGGUGGUUCCCAUUGUCAUCAUUUACAACAUCGUCGGGCUAAUUGGGAAGCUUGAGCCAGAGGAGGGCUCUGAUGGUGCUGGCUUGGUUGGUGAUGAAUCUGGUAUAUCCUUUGCAGAUGUCAAGGAUACUUGUCCGGUGUAG